UCUGUCGGACACUCUCAUCAUGGAUUCCAUCUCGUCCUUCCUGGUUCUCCCCAACCGCCUCCUGGUGCCGCUGCUGCCGGACCUGCCCGAGGCUGCGCAGCUGCGCUGGCCCCUGCCAAGGGGCGUGGUGCGGGUUCACCUGCGCGGGGCUCGGGAGCUGCGCUGCAAGGAUCGGUUCCUGGGGGGGCUGGUGCAGGGUCGCUCCGACCCCUAYGCCGUGCUGCGCGUGGGGACACAGGCGGCCACCAGCCGCGUCAUCGGCGACAACCUCAACCCCACCUGGGACGAGCUCUACGAGGUGAGGGUCGCACCCCCGGGACCCCCGGAUUGAAACCCGAAUUGAAACCCCCCGCUCCCGGGACCCCCGGAUUGAAACCCGAAUUGAAAC